AUGGACGAGCGGGCGCACGAUGACAACACCCAAGGCUCAGAGUCUACUGUCUCUAAUCUCACCUCGCUUGAGAACGACGAUACGGACGACUUUGGGAGGCUGAUGGUGCAGAAUGCGCGGGAUGAGCGCCGGUUGAAUGACGCGUUGCGGGGGAAUGUGCAGCCGUUCAGGAAGGCGAGGGUGCGUCCGCAUGUGGGACUCACGCUGGAAAAUUUGGAGAGGAAUAAUGGCGCGAAUGGUGUGGACAUGCGACCCAGCGCGCAGGUCAUGUUUGCAAGUCCGCCGAGUGUUGGGAGUAGUAGUGGAUCGGAUCCAGCGAUACGAGUACCUUCAGAGUGGGGACGUAAAGGAAGAGUGAGGAGAGAUUGGAUGAGAACUAUCGCGUCGGACGAUGAACAGAAGCCUGGGACUCAGCAAGAUUUGACUCCCCCGCGCGCAAACUCCGCGAUAGGCAUUGCAGAUGUAGACAGGCCGCUCCCGUCUGUAGAAGAUAGCCCCCUUUCGCACAAGAGUUCCCUUCAGGGCACGCCAUCCUCAACUCGCCGGCGAAACACGGCUUUCGAUACAGUACCGGACUGGGAUUUCACACUUGACCUCAAUGAGGCGUCAUUAAUCGCCUCUACUCCUUACCUCCCUCGAAAUACGGCCCUCGACGACAUUCGACAAAGGGAGAUUGAGAGUCUCAAAGAGCAGGCCGUCACAACGAGUCGCCUUGACAGGAUAAGGGAGAGUUCGCCGGAAGAAACGCGCCGUCCGAGAUCAAAGCCCUCAAUGGAUAACCUCACGAAUGGUAUCUCGACGUCAGAUCAAGCGCAAGCGCAAGGCUCAUCUGAAGUACAUCUGCGCAAGAGGACGAACUCCACUAAGAGCUUGUCCAAAUCAGUGUCCUUCACUGUAGAGGGAGGAGAGCAAGCCCCCAAUUCACCGAUUAUCGUCUACAAAAGCGCGGAGACAGUCGGCAUUGUGGACCGAGGCAUCCACGCGAAUGCCCAGACAAACCCGCAAAGACCUAACCACCGCAGAGAAGAUUCACACGAGCUACUACGCCGGCUCGCCAGGGUGUCAAGUAGCACACCUAGUCCUGGUAGAAUCGGUGCCUCACGGUCUCAGGCAGCCCCGGCAAGGCAAUCGAGCGAUGGGUCACAAAGAACAGUUACCGAGACACCGGGCCCCACUGACAAUGCUCCGGUUACAGAUAAUGCUACGCAAGACAAUACCACGAAUGAAACCGUUGCAACGGCCCCUGAAGUUCAGCCCGAAGGUACUAGUCGAGCGGAAGAGCCCCAAUUCCCAGAUGUCGUACCGGAAUCAAAUCCAGAAAAUCAAACGAACGACAUCGAUGACACACCUAUGCCAGUCGAUCAACUACCAUUAAAUGCCAAAACACCUGUCGUGACAGGUGCUUGGGUAGAUACCCCUGCUCCUCGUACAACACAUCGGUCCCAAGAUACGUCAAGGUCUCCUUCACGGUCUCCGAAGAAAACGAGUCCAAGCAAGAGAUUUCCAGAAAAGCAAAACCCACCCCAACUAAAAGAACCUACAGAAGAGCCCAUGGAUAGGAUCCGACCCACCCUCCCACGCUCAGCGUUGGAGGCAAUUGUGGAGGAAGCAAAGGCAAAUGGAGGAAGCCGUCAAUCUAAUGACCAAUAUGGAGAUUCCACCAUUGAUUCAUUAGAAGACUUGAUGGGAGAAGGCGCCGAUAACUCUGAGGCCUUAGAAUUAGACGAAGACACCCUUCUAGGACUAGGAAUCCCCACAGGCGUGCCACGAAACGAAGCCGAACGACAGCGGCAGCAGGAACUCCUUCACCUGCAUCGAAUGAAUGAGCGGUUACGGGCUGCACGUACGAGUAUCCGAGAUGCUAGUCGGGGCAUGAAAAGGGUAGAGAACCGAGUAGAACAUGUUGAAGAAGGCAGCGAUGCAGUAAGAGUCGUCUAUCGGGAGUGUCCGUGUGCUGAAGAAGGUCACCAGAAUAACCCUUUCGUUGCGAUGUGGAAUACGGCCAGUGCACUGUUCUACGAUCGACGGAAACCUAGCCUCACGUGGUUGAGUAUCGCACUUGUUGCACUCAUGAUCUGGUAUAUUUUGGAGUCUUUAGCUUGCGACCAAUACUGCCAUAAAUUCUACGCAACAUCCAUGCACGGAUUCGGUGUUGACUGGGACGCCCCGUGUUUCCCUUAUGUAAUCCCUACUGUAUUAUACCGGAAGCUGUUACGACCUUUUUGCCAACCUCUUUGGAGUUUCAUUCUCUGGACAUGGGACACCCUUCUUGGAAACCAAGAAGUUCGCAAGAGUGCGGCGAGAACUGCGAAAAGCUUUACUACGAGGAUUCUGAACGCGCAUACGCAGCAAACGUUUGAACCAGAUUUGAGGAUGGAUAAUGAUGAACUGAUUUAG